AUGCCUACCUCAACCGAGAGUGUUUCCAAACUGUACGGCAGGAUCGCCGACCUCGAAAACCAACGCCUGGCCGAGCAUCCUAUGGAACGCGAAAUCACUCUGCGAGCGAUACGCAAAGAGCUAGGUCCCAUCCCAGGCAAACGAAUUGCAGAUAUCGGUGGCGGGCCAGGCAAGAUCGCUUUUGCCCUUGCCGACGACGGCUACGACGUGGACCUUGUCGACUUGAGUCCGGACCUGAUCCAACUCGCCCAAGCCGAGCAAGACGAGCGUAAAUCUGCCGGUGUCAAGCCACUCCUCCGCAGCAUCGCCGUGGGAAACGCACUCGACAAGUCGGGUCUUGCCGAAGGCUUGUAUGACGCCGUCCUGUUGCUAGGCCCCUUGUAUCACCUCCUCGAGGAGCCGGAACGGGCGAGUGCAGUCACGAAUGCGCUGCAUCUCGCGAAGCCCAACGGGGGCCUAGUGUUUGUGGCAUUUAUCAGUAUCGAUGCGCAUCUGAGGGACGUCGCUAUGCGGAACCCGGGGAAAGUCGUCGACCUGAAGGAAUUUUACACAAAAUACUUGAUCGACGGCCGUUAUGAGAAAUCAGAGCCUGGGUUGGGCCAAACGGUGCAGUCAUUCCAUACUCGCCCUGACGACAUUCGGGCAUUCUUCGCCUCCAAUUUUGCCGACUCGCUUGAGCUGUUGGAAUUGCGGUCAACAGAAGGGAUUCUCGGUGGCGGCCUCGACGCGACGCUCGCAAAGUCCAGUGACGAAGUCGUUCAGGUUUGGGUGGAUCUCAUGUUUGACGGGUUCUCGACGAAGGAGCAGCAUCUGGGUUGUGCGGAUCAUCUUUUGGCCACUUUGAGGAGGAAGUAA